CCGGCCGGGCCAGGGGGGGCCGAAGCGAGCUCCGGGGAUGAGCUCGGGGGCGGCUGGGUGCGAGCUCCUGCCUCUGCGGCGAAGGCGACGGUGGCGGCAGCAGAGGCGGCGGCGAGGCCACCAUGGGUCGGCGGCGGGCCUCAGCCGCGGCCUCCACUUCUCCGCUCGCCGGCGGGAUGGCGCCCGGGCCUCGGAGAAGCCGCGUUAGGGGAGGCCUGUGGCCGCUCUGCUGAGCCGAGCCCGCCAAACUCCCCUCCCCCUCCUCCGUCCUCGACCCCCCGCACCUCGCCCCUUCCCCACCCCCUCCUCCGUCUCGGUCCCCCGCGCCGCUCCGGACCACUAUGACCAUGAGAUCCGCAGUGUUCAAGGCGGCCGCGGCCCCUGCCGGCGGCAACCCCGAGCAGCGACUGGACUACGAGCGGGCUGCGGCGCUGGGCGGGCCCGAGGACGAGUCCGGGGCGGCCGAAGCCCAUUUCCUCCCCCGGCAUCGUAAGCUCAAGGAGCCGGGGCCCCCGCUGGCCUCUUCCCAAGGCGGGAGCCCCUCGCCCUCUCCAGCCGGCUGUGGCGGCGGCAAGGGCCGGGGCUUGUUACUCCCAGCCGGGGCGGCCCCCGGGCAGCAGGAAGAGAGCUGGGGCGGCUCAGUGCCCUUGCCCUGUCCGCCCCCAGCUACUAAACAAGCCGGCAUCGGCGGGGAGCCAGUCGCAGCCGGCGCUGGCUGCAGCCCCCGGCCCAAGUAUCAGGCGGUGCUGCCCAUUCAGACGGGCUCUAUCGUGGUGGCGGCGGCCAAAGAGCCUACGCCCUGGGCUGGGGACAAGGGUGGGGCGGCUCCCCCAGCUGCCACCGCCUCGGACCCGGCGGGACCCCCACCACUACCUCUGCCCGGGCCACCACCCCUCGCGCCCACCGCCACUGCCGGGACCCUGGCGGCCAGUGAGGGCAGAUGGAAGAGUAUAAGGAAGAGCCCUCUCGGGGGUGGCGGCGGCUCGGGAGCCUCCAGUCAGGCCGCCUGCCUCAAACAGAUCCUUCUGCUGCAAUUGGACCUCAUCGAACAGCAGCAGCAGCAGUUGCAGGCCAAGGAGAAGGAGAUCGAGGAGCUGAAGUCCGAGAGAGAUACGCUCCUUGCUCGGAUUGAACGUAUGGAAAGGCGGAUGCAGCUGGUGAAGAGGGAUAACGAGAAGGAAAGGCACAAGCUGCUCCAGGGCUAUGAACCUGAAGAGAGAGAGGAAGCAGAGUUGUCUGAGAAAAUUAAACUGGAGCGCAGCCAGCCGGAGCUUUGCGAGACCUCCCAGGCUCUGCCUUGCAAGCCUUUCUCCUGUGGCCGCAGUGGAAAGGGACACAAAAGGAAAACCCCAUUUGGAAAUACAGAAAGAAAGACUCCUGUUAAAAAGCUGGCUCCUGAAUUUUCAAAAGUCAAAACAAAAACUCCUAAGCACUCUCCCAUUAAAGAGGAACCCUGUGGUUCCAUAUCAGAAACUGUUUGUAAACGUGAAUUGAGGAGCCAAGAAACCCCAGAAAAGCCCCGGUCUUCAGUGGAUACCCCACCAAGACUCUCGACUCCCCAAAAGGGACCCAGCGCCCACCCCAAGGAGAAAGCCUUCUCAAGUGAGAUGGAAGAUUUGCCGUACCUUUCCACCACAGAAAUGUAUUUGUGUCGUUGGCACCAGCCUCCCCCAUCACCGUUACCAUUACGGGAAUCCUCUCCAAAGAAGGAGGAGACUGUAGCAAGGUGUCUGAUGCCAUCAAGUGUUGCAGGAGAAACUUCAGUCUUGGCUGUUCCUUCUUGGAGGGACCACUCAGUAGAGCCUCUAAGGGACCCAAAUCCUUCAGACAUUUUGGAGAACCUGGAUGACAGUGUAUUUUCAAAGAGGCAUGCGAAACUGGAGCUAGACGAGAAGAGGAGAAAACGAUGGGAUAUUCAGAGGAUCAGGGAACAAAGAAUUUUACAGCGACUGCAGCUCAGAAUGUAUAAAAAGAAAGGAAUUCAGGAAUCUGAGCCUGAGGUUACCUCAUUUUUCCCUGAGCCAGAUGAUGUUGAAAGUUUGCUGAUUACCCCCUUCUUGCCUGUUGUAGCAUUUGGACGGCCAUUACCAAAAUUAGCUCCACAGAACUUUGAACUACCCUGGUUGGAUGAGCGAAGCCGUUGCAGGUUGGAGAUCCAGAAGAAGCAAACACCUCACCGGACUUGUAGGAAGUAGCUGUGCUGGCAAUAGCCUGUCUUCAGAUAGUUGUAGCAUGCUGUUCCAAGAGAAUAGCAGAGACCUGUAUGUGUGACCUGUGUCCUCAUGUAUGUUAUCAUUCACUGGUAAUGCCUUUCCAUACUCCCUUUAUAUUAGUUUUGUUUUCUUUACUCUGAUUUCACAAAACAAACAGAAGAAAGCUCUUGCGUUGGGCUAAUUGUGAAUUAGGAGUUACUGGAGCGUCUUUUCCCAUUUUGGGGAGAUGAGCUUGAGCUCGUCCUAUAGGGGGAGACUUGGGGGGUUUCAGGGGCCACUUGUAACUCACCUGCCUGCCUAACGGGGUAAAGGGCUCUUCAUUAGCGUGUCUAAGAUGGACAACAGCAACCCUUCCUGUAGGAGCUGUGCCUGCCCUGACCUCAUGCCUCCCUGGUGCGCCUUCUGAAUAGUGUGGGUGUAGUAGGUUUCACCGUGAGCUUUAGGGCCCGAGGAAUAGCAUGAAGUAAUGAAGCAAGACAUUCCUCAGAGGGAGAAACUGCAGAGUUUUACCUGAAAGUUCGUUCUCUUUAAACCGCUCUGUGACAGUGGCAUGUGGGAGGAGACGUGCAGCUGGUUCACUUUCUUAGUUGAUGGGUAACUGAAGUGUUCCUUCCCACCCCCAACAAAGAAAAUGUUUAGAAAAGAGACUGGGAGUGUAAGUUUCCAACUAGUUAUCAGUGCUAAACCGAUAGAGCUCUCAUUUGGGGAUGGCAUGCGAGAGUCUGUAGAGAUGUCUCUGUCAUGUCACUUUUCAAGGAUUCCUUAGUGGGGCUUCAUCCUAUUAGCCAAACUUUUGGUGGUGAGAUAGAGAUUUGGGGUGGGGGCGGGGGUAGGGUAUGGAAGGAUACGCUUCCUCUGCCUGGCAGAUGUCUACAGCUUGAAACAAACAGUUGUACCUAGUGAACUUUAUUCGUUUAGUGAAAAUAGAUUUAUACAUGAACCAUCUUGUUUCCCAUCUUCUGCCCUUGUUUUGUUACCGAAAAGAAAAAAAGAAAAAAGAAAAAAAAAAUCAGGACAGCACUCCCAGGCCACUUUGGUCUCAGUGUAAGAUCCCUGUUAACUAUCUGGAAGAGAAAUGGAGCCGAGGCCUGUGGGCUUCUGGAUAGGAAUUGCCUUUCACUAGCCUUCAGGACUAUUGUACAGAAACAAGUUGGGGUCCAAUCUCUAGAAGGGUAGGGCUCUUAUCCUUGAAGAGAACAUGGCCCCAAAUUAUUAGCACUUUUAGAGGAGAAGCCAAGGUAUGUAGGGUGUGUGGUUGGCCCAUCUGCUGAGCAUGCAAGAAUGGCAUUGCCACUGUGGGAAGAGAAGUUCUCAGGGGCCUCCCACUGCUAACGCUUUUUGAGACGUUAUCUUGCUCCCUGGGUUUGACUUUGAAAGGAAUUAUUCCAGCAGUCCAUGUAGUGUUCUUGGAUGAUCUUGCUGCUCUUAAUUCUCCUGUGUGUGUGUGUGUGUGUGUGUGUGUGUGUGUGUGUGUGUGUGUGUGUGUGUAUGGCUCUGGGUUUUCACUUGUAACUCCAUCUGCUUAGGAGCAUGGUCUCUCUGUGAUGGAAGCUGCCAUAAACCACUGCAGCGAGGAUGUAGAGAGAAAGGGGACUUCUCCACUAGGGGCUCUCAUCUCACACCUUAAGGAUGGGGAUAUAGCUAGAAAGAUUGGGCCAGAUUGUUGUUGUUGUUGUUGUUUUUUAAUGAGGCCAACUGUUUAGUGCUCCUACUCUGACCUGUGUUGUUUCUUUAUAACAUGCUCCUCAAAAAUAAUAACCUCAGUCAGUUGUCUCUUUACUUCGUUUCUUGAUCCCUCUCAGUUUUUUCUUGACAACGAGAUUUGUCAGAUUCCUAAUUUGGGUGUGGGUUAACAGAUUUAACCACCAGGUUUCUGCCCUACUCAGAGGAGUCCUCAGAUCCUGUUUUUGCUAGACUGAGAGGAAUCCAUGAGGUGCUAUCUGGCAGGACUGAAGUGGAUUCUAUUGCUUUGGUUCUUCUUUCCCUGAGGACCUACUAUUUGGUUCUGUCCUCUCCUAGAUGUCCUUUGGUUUGGGGAUGCUGAGGUUUGCUGAGGAGGCUGGGGUGGGAGCACAGUGGGGAGUUAUCUGCUUUCCCUCCGUGGGAUACAACACUGUGAGAUUCAGUCUUCAGCAGAAAGAGAGGCCCUGCAGUUCUCUGAAAACAUAGUUCCUUAUUCUUUCUUUAACAAAGUUUAAGCUAGUGUUAAUAAAUUAAAAGAGAAAUUGCUUGUCUCUCCACCUCAGCUUUAUUUUAUGCCCGUUUCAUAUCGUUGUCUGUGCUGUAAUUCAUACUUUUGAUACCAUUUCUGAUGUGUAAAGUCGGCUGUCUUGUAAAUAUCUUAUAAAGAGUUCAAUUGUAAAUAAACUAUUGUGGCCGUUAA